ACUCAACCCCCCUUGCCGUCUCACCCACAAACCCUAAAAAGCGCUGCUCCUCCGCACUUUGAACAUUCCCAAUGACGAAGAAACACAACCCUUUAGAAAACCCCCCAGCCGCAUCUUCAAGCGACGACGACGAAGAACUCGACUCUUCCGCUGGCGAAGAAGAAGAACAAGAAGAAGAAGUUAACGAUUCUUCAUCUUCAUCAGAAGAAGACCAACCCAAACCUCCUUCCUCCUCCUCCGCCGUCACAACCGCCAUCCCAGCUAAAACCUCCGAUUCACACUCCGGAUCCGAAACCGAGACCGAUUCCGAAUCCGACAUCGCCGCAAAGUCCAAGAAUCAGAAGCCUCCGCCGCCGCCAACCAACAAAUCCGGGACCAAGCGUCCCAGCGAAGUGACUUCAAAGGAGACGAACUCGAAGCGAGCCAAGAAGGAGAAGAAGCCUGCCGCGUUUCACAGACUAUGGACGGAAGAAGACGAGAUCGCUGUGUUGCAAGGGAUGAUCGAUUUCAAGAAGGACACGGGGAACUCUCCUUACGACGACACCAAUGCUUACUUCGAUUACAUCAAGAAGUCCAUCAGCUUUGAGGUUAGCAAGAACCAGUUCAUGGAUAAGCUGAGGAGUUUGAAGAAGAAGUACAUGGGUAAAGAGAAGAAGCCUUGUUUCACCAAGCCUCAUGAACACAAGUCUUACAGAUUGUGUAAGUUUAUUUGGGGACCUGAUGGGAUGGGUCUUGAGUCUGCUGUUAAGUCCAACGGCGGCGUUUCCUCGAAAAAGAGGACCAAGAAAGAGCUGUCUUUUGCUUCUUCUCCUCCCAAUGGAGGUGAUGAGAGGUUUGAUUGGUUUGAGAAGUCGUUUCUCGUUCGAGGGAUUGCGGGUUUCGGUGUGGAUGAGAGUUAUGUGAGACAGAGGUGGAGGUUAGUUCCGGUUGAGAGUAGGAAGAAAGUUGAAGAGAAGGUUAAGAUGUUGCAGGCUAAGGAGAUUGAGUUUGUGUUGCACAAGACUGAGAUUUUGCGUGAUGUGACAUCUAUGAUCGCUGAAGCAUCUAAGAACAGAAGCCAUUAGGAUGAUAGAUUUGAUCUGGUUUUCAAAUGCCCAAUGUCUAUGCUUCUUUGUUGUGUUUUUUGAACUUAGGAUUUACUUUUUCUUCUUUAUGAUCUCUACUUACUAUGUAAUUUUCUGGUUUAUUUUGAUGGCUUUCUCUCAUAUGAAACUCUCUA